AUGGUCACUAGUGCCAUAGUGAGGAAAUCAAAAAUCCAGUACUGUUCAUCAUCUGAUGACUUGGAUGUUGGGACAGAGAAAGCCUUCAGAAAGUUUGCAGAUGCAUGUGCUGGAGAAGCUGGUGCUCCUCUCCUUGGGUGCCUGCUCCCCCCACGCUGUCAGGCCCAGCAGAGGUCCUGCCCAGGCCCUUACUGUGCCCUGCUGACCUACGAGUCCAUCAGAGCUCGCUCAGCGACCUUUGCCGUGCUCUGCAACAUGAGCAGUAGUGUAUGGGCUGGACCACUGGGGCAGCCACAAGUUUCAUCAUCUGAAGCAGUGUUGGUGUUGGUGAUGGUGCUGUUUCCCAGGUACAGGGCUUCUCCUAUGGGAAGGAAGGCAGAAGCAGCUGCUGGUGGACUACAUGUGGGGUUUCGUGUGGAGGGAGUCUUGAACUACUCUUCUGAGAUAUGGGACAAAUCCAUACCAUUUCUUCUCCACAUUUUUCGAGAUGCUUCUUCAGACUUGUUUACAGAGUCCCUCACCCUCACAACUAAAACUGGUAUUGCAUUGUUGUAUGAUGAAGUAUCUGAAAAUGCUUAUGACAUCCGACUGAAGCUUACAAAAGAGGUAUUAACAAUUCAAAAACAAGAUGUCGUCUGUGUUAGUGGAAGUGAUCACAGUGCAAAUCACAGAACUGUUACACUUCGUAGACAACCAGUUGGUGGCUUGGGCUUAAGCAUAAAGGGUGGUGCUGAGCACAAAGUGCCUGUCGUCAUAUCAAAAAUAUUUAAAAACCAAGCAGCUGAACAGACAGGAAUGUUAUUUAUAGGAGAUGCAAUAAUACAGGUUAAUGGUAUAAAUGUAGAAAGUGCUACCCAUGAAGAAGUGGUACACCUACUGCGAAAUGCUGGCGAUGAAGUUACCAUCACAGUUCAAUACCUCAGGGAAGCUCCAUCAUUUUUAAAGCUCCCAUUAGGUUCCCCUGGACCAUCCAGUGAUCACAGCAGUGGAACUUCAUCACCUCUCUUUGACAGUGGCUUACAUUUAAAUGGAAACUCAACUAACACGGCUCCAUCAUCACCUUCUUCACCCAUAGCUAAUGAACCAAAAUAUGAGAAGCGCUGGCUAGACACCUUAUCAGUUCCUCUGUCGAUGGCUCGAAUCUCGAGGUACAAAACCGGAACAGAUAAAUUAAGAUCAAAUGCAUUUGAAGUGCUGGCACUCGAUGGAGUUAGUACUGGGAUACUUCAGUUUUAUACAGCCCAGGAGAGUGCUGACUGGCUGAGAGCAAUGUCAACUAACAUCAGUGAUUUGACACUUCAAAAUAUGAAAAUGGCAAAUAAAUGCUGUUCUCCCUCUGACCAGGUCAUACAUAUGGGAUGGGUAAAUGAGAGACUUGAAGGAACUGAUUCAUCUCAGCUCUACAAAUUCAAGUUUCUGGCCCUGAAGGGUUCAUCCUUCUACAUUUUCAGCACUCCACCGGUGAGCACACUAGACUGGGUACGAGCUGAAAAAAUCUAUAACCUCUGUGAGGUUCUAUUUAAAAUUCACAAGCUCUGGCUUGCUGAUGAUUGCUGGCUACAAGCAAACUUGUAUUUAGGUAUUCACCAGGACUUCGAUCUUGAAGACCAGAGGCCAUAUUGUUUCAGUGUAAUGGUUGGACAUGGCAAGAGCCACUAUUUCAACGUAGAGCUGGGCAAUGAAUUGGCAGUGUGGGAGAAAUCAUUUCAAAGAGCAAUUUUCUUGGAAGUUCAAAGAACAGGGUCUAAAACAUAUAUGUGCAGUUGGCAAGGGGAUACCCUGUGUUUCACAGUCGACUUUGCUCUAGGAUUUACCUGUUUUGACAGUAAAACUAAGAAUGUGCUGUGGAGGUUUAAAUUCUCUCAGCUCAAAGGCUCAUCAGAUGAUGGGAAAACAAGAGUAAAGCUGCUUUUUCAAAAUCUAGACACCAAACAAAUUGAGACAAAGGAACUUGAAUUUCAGGAUCUGACGGCAGUUUUACACUGUAUUCACUCCUUUAUAGCAGCAAAAGUGGCAUCUGUGGAUCCAAUAUUCAUAGACAGUCAGAGUAUUGCAAGAAAAUAUAUGUACAGUAAUUGAAACUAGAUUAUAUGUUGUG